UGGUGGGGGUGGGGGUAGCAGUGAAGGCGGCGGGCGGGCGCAUAGUGACGGCGGGUUGCCGGUACCGCUGCUGCCGCCGCCGUCCUCCUCCGAUCAGUACCCCACACCGUAUCCGUACCAGUACCCCUACCCGUACAGCUACCACCCAGAUCAUGAUCCCCAGCAGCAGCAGCAGGGGCGGAGGUCGUCCAGGGAGGGUGGCGGGGAGUCUUCCUCCCGGGAGCGCGAGCGGGAGCUGUUACCGCUGGACUCCUCCACCUCCACCUCGCGACAGCAGCUGGUGGUGGCGGAGGGGCGGGAGGCUGACAGCAGGGUGUGAUGAUAGCACCGCCGCUUGGCUGGCUGGCUGGCUGGUGGGAAACGGGAGCUGCCUUGCAAGCUGCCUGCGGGCUCAGUGACACCGGUGCUAGAGCGCUGCGUGCAGCGGAAGUGUGAGCGUGGAGGGUAGACCAACCCGUAGGAGGUGUAAGGCGGGGUUGCAGCUGCUGGUGGUGUGGGCGGCACCGAUAUGAAUGAUGUGGGUGCGGGGUGAUGUACGGCGCAGCAGCAGCAUGGCGGCAUGGGGAGAACUGCCCCGGUAGGAGGGCUGGAGGAAAGGUGUGGUGCACGGACUCCAUUUCCGAUUCGUGCGCUGGGGUUAAGGCAUGCUGAUGUGGCGGGCUUUGAGUGUUUGGAGACGGUGGUUUGAGGCGCUCGAUAAGGUAGAGGGCAGGACUUGUGACGACUCAUGUGGGGCGGAUCUCGCAUUGCCUACGAUGCAAUACCGGGAUAACCGAUAAACGAAUGAUUAACAGGGAGGGGAACGUGCCUGUUCUCCCGUAUCCUACGAAUGAACGAACGGAAAGGUGCAGUGCGGUGAUUUGGGCGGGCCACGUCCCUGCUACAGUGUCAAAACUCAAAAACAUGCUGCAUGUGCCGGUGAUGUUGCGCUGAUGCCGCUGCUUUUGUGUGCAGUGUGUCCUUGUCAUCUCGGACUACUACAAGCCAUCUUGCCAGGCCACGUGUGCCUGGUGCUGUGCAGCCGCUGCAUACCGUACUCAUGUGCGCGACGAGGGUGAUGAGGGGGCAACCCACGGGGGCUUGCAAGUAUGCAACCAGUGACUCUCGCAAACAUUUAUUACUUUUAAACGUGGG